AUGUCCCUGGAUUACUCCGAUGGCAAUGAGGAGUACACCACAUCAGUCAUUGGCUUCAUCAAUAAGUGCGUCGAUGACGUCAUCCCCACAGUGAGCGAUACCUUUGAGCUGCGUCUGUUGACGUGGCUGGGUCUGUCGGUGUCUGUGGUGUGUCUGUUGCUGUGCAUCCUGACCUUCUGGCUGUGUCGGUCCAUCCAGGGGACACGCACCACCAUCCACCUCCACCUCUGUGUCUGCCUCUUCAUCGCUGACCUCGUCUUCCUCAGCGGUAUCUCUCACACACAGAGCAAGGGAGGAUGUGGGUUUGUAGCAGGUCUCCUCCACCUGUUCUUCCUAGGAUCCUUCAGUUGGAUGUUGUUAGAGGGGGUUCAGCUCUAUCGCAUGGUGGUCCUGGUCUUCAACACUACCAUAAGACCUCUGUACCUGUAUGCUGUGGGAUAUGGACUGCCACUGGCUAUAGUCAUCAUCUCUGCUAUCACCUACCCAGAUGGAUACGGUACCACACAACACUGUUGGUUGUCUCUGGAGAGAGGAUUCAUCUGGAGUUUCUUCGGCCCAGUGUGCACCAUCAUCUUCCUCAACGCUUUCAUCUUCAUCAUCACUGUCUGGAGGCUGGCCCAGAAGUUCUCUAGUCUCAACCCUGACCUCUCCAACCUACGCAAGAUCAAGGUGUUCACAGUGACAGCAGUGGCCCAGCUGUGUGUGUUGGGUACUAUGUGGAUAUUUGGAGUGUUCCAGUUCCAAGAGGAGGGGACAGUGGUCAUGACAUAUCUCUUCACUAUCCUCAACUCUCUACAGGGAGCACUGCUGUUCAUCAUGCACUGCCUACUGAACAAAACGGUUAGAGAGGAGUAUUGCAAGCUGCUGUCCUGUAUCUGCACACCACAGAAGAAGAGAUACUCAGAUUUCAGCACCAACAACCCUUCCUCCAGCCAAUCCCAGGGGUCAAGGCGUACCCAGAACACAGGGGAGUUGCAGACAUGAUGACAUCACCAAUCCCCCAUAAUGCACGUCUUUACUCCCCCUCCCUUUUCAGGCCUGGUCAGUAGAAAAUGUGCCCUACGAGCCCGGCUGAUUAGUAAAAAUGUGCCCUAUCUAGAACCUUAACGGGUUCUUCGGCUGUCCCGGUAGGAGAACUCUUUCAAUAAUCCUUUUUGGUUCCAUGUAGAAACCUCUUUUGGAUUCCAGUUGCCUUUCCUCAGAGGGUUCUUCGGCUGUCCCGGUAGGAGAACUCUUCCAUGUAGAAACCUCUUUUGGAUUCCAGUUGCCUUUCCUCAGAGGGUUCUUCCUUCAACCAAAAAAAGUUCUACCUGAAACCAAAAAGGUGCUUCUAUGCGGACAGCAGAAAACGCCCUUUAGGAACCCCCUUGUCUAAGCGUGGACUUAGCCCGGCUGGUCAGCAGAAAACCCCCUUUAGGAACCCCCUUGUCUAAGCGUGGACUUAGCCUGGCUGGUCAGCAGAAAACCCCCUUUAGGAACCCCCUUGUCUAAGCGUGGACUUAACCCGGCUGGUCAGCAGAAAAAACGUUUUGGAACCCCCUUGUCUAAGCGUGGACUUAGCCCGGCUGGUCAGCAGAAAAAACGUUUUGGAACCCCCUUGUC